AUGGCAUCACAAUCCGUGGCAAAGGUGGCUCAAGCUGCUAAUCGUGUUAUUCCCGUUCACAAGAAAUACACCGUCCAAUCCACCGGUCUCUGGGAAACCAUCCGUCGCUUCCUCGCCGUCGAUCCGACCCGCUCCAACGGCGUACCCCUCAACCCCCAAUUCCGCAAUCCGCCUCCAGGAUCCAACGAGCCUUUUUCCUUCAUCGACCCCGUUACUCUCCCCGCGGGUGAUAUCGCCGAGAAUCCCUACUGGAAGCGCGAUUCCCGUCGCUCGUAUCCGCAGCUGAGUUUCGUGGCCCAGAGUGACGUGGUGGGUUUGUUGAGUGUAGGGAGUGAGGCUGCGCCGCGCAAGGAGUUGGUUGGGGAGACCGGGGUGAAGGAGUUGGUUAGGAUACCCAUGCCGAACUUUCAAAUAAGUAAAGAAGAAGAAGAAGAUGUCGACAAGAUGAUCGGAUGA